GAUCUCGCCAAAUUGAUUGGUCAAUUCCCAUAUAUUUUUCCGAACGACUUGCCACCUGGCCUACCACCAGAACGCCCGCAGGACCAUCGGAUCAAACUCGAGCCUAGCGCGCAGCCAACUGUCCGGACACAAUGGCGGUUGAUGCAGCCCGAGCUCCAAGAACUACGGGACCAGCAGGACUAUUUGCUGGUCAAAGGGUUCGUUCGACCGAGUACGUCCUCGUUCGCCGCCCUGAUCUUCUUCACACCCAAGAAGGAUGGGGGCCUCAGAAUGUGCAUUGAUUAUCGCGCCCUUAAUCGGGUUACGAUAACUGCGAGGCGGUCGCUAUUUCUCGAAGAUCGACCAUCGCAGCGGUUACCACUAGAUUCGAGUCUUCGCCGACGAUUGCUACAAGACCGCAUUUUGUACUCGCUACGGGAGUUACGAAUACACUAUCAUGCUGUUCGGUUUAACGAAUGCCCCCUCGACGUUCCAGCUGACGAUGAACAGGGUGCAUGAUGCAGCUCAAUGGGGAUAG